AUGAUGAGCUCCGCCUUCUCCCCGUCCUACCUGAGUUUCAGUGUGUCUCCCUCUGCUGGUCUCUGUGAGGAUCGCGGCGUCUCUCAGCACUCGGACUCGGUGUCAGGCUCUGUCCCCUUCCUGUUGUACCCGCCCGGCGUGGACACCGCCGGCCUCGGCCUCUACCAGAACCCCCUGCGGGGCGGCGGCCUGCUGCCCUACCUGAGCCCCUUCCACCCCCACGGACACUUCAGCGUCUACGAGUGUCCCUUCGAGCCGGCCUUCAUCCAGAAGAGGAACGAGCGUGAGCGUCAGCGGGUGAAGUGCGUGAAUCAGGGCUACGCCAAGCUGAGGGAUCACCUGCCGGGACACAGCGCCGACAAGCGGCUCAGCAAGGUGGAGACGCUGCGCGCUGCCAUCAGUUACAUCAAGUACCUGCAGGGCCUGGUGGAGGAGGAGGAGCCAAGUGGCAGGGCCACGCCCAAAACCUCAUCACCUGCAGAGUGUGGAGGAGAGUCGGAGGGCUGCACAGGUUAG